UAAAUUAUUUAGUGACAAAUAAAACCUACCUAGUACAAUUAAUAAAGCUAAUAAAGAUGUCUGUGUUAUUGAACAGUAUUCAGRAAUCUUUAGAAUGGGUAUCACAAAAUACUGAUCCUUUUGUUAAAGAUCUUUGGUUAAUGGGAUCAAUAUGGCCAAUAACAAUUAUAGUAAUUUCAUAUUUGUACUUUGUCCUUAAAAUUGGUCCAGAAUUCAUGAAGUAUCGUAACCCUUACAACAUUGACCGCAUUGUUAUGAUUUAUAAUGCAAUUCAAGUUAUGUUUUCUUUGUACUUGGUGAAAGAGGCAUUUAGACUGUUGUGGCUGCGUGACGAUUACCGAUUCUAUUGCAUUGAAACUAAUAAAGAUGACCCUGAUAUAGCGAACCAACAAGUAUAUACUGUUUGGCUGUUCCUCGUGAGUAAAUUGUUGGACCUCCUAGACACAAUGUUUUUUGUACUAAGAAAAAAACAAAGUCAAAUAACAUUUUUACAUGUUUACCAUCAUACUUUAGUURUAACAUUGGGCUGGUGCUUAACUAAUUUUUAUCCAGGAGGACAAGUCGCAUUCUUUGGUACCAUUAAUGCAUUUGUGCAUGUUAUAAUGUAUAGCUACUACUUUUUGACUGUAAUAAACCCAGAAUACAAAAAAGCAUGGUGGAAAAAAUAUUUAACAGUUAUACAACUGGUGCAAUUCGUCAUUACUGGAAUGCAUGCAUUAAUCACGCUAUUUGAGCCUGACUGUGAUUUUCCAAGAAUCAUAAUGUUACUUGCAAUUCCACAAGAUAUAUUUAUGUUCAUUUUAUUCUGGGACUUUUAUAAAAAAGCAUACAUUAAACCAAAGAAGAUUAAACAAUGAUGAAUUUUCAGAUGAUUAUAAAAUACAAUGAUUUUUGUUUAUUCCAUACCAAUCUUUUAGAAUAUCUCCAUAUAUUUAACGGAUCGGCUUAUAAAAUACUGAUUUUAUCAUUURAUAACUUUUCAAUUUAAUAAACUUGUUUUAUUUUCUUAAAUAAACAAUAUAAGAAUCAUAUAAUACAAAUCAUAAUACAUCUAAUGCCUGUUUAGUAUUUUUGGAAGGAUUAUUUUUUUUUUUUUUUUUAUGUUGCCAUGCCACUAUUAUUGGUGUUUAAUAAAUAUAUCUAUUACUGAUUACUGAUAUUUACCUACUAUACAUUUAUAGAGAGUAUUCAAUUUUUAAGAUACCUUAAAUAAAUUUCUAAKUGAUGAAUAAUAUUAUAUUUAAUCAAAAUUCAAGGCGUAUUUUUAAGGUUAAUAGAACUAUCAAUAUGUAUCAGUAACUUCUACGUCUUGAAUUGUAGCUUCAAUUAUUCA